CAAGACUCCGUCGCGAUCACCAAUUUCUCCUUUCAAGGCUCGGUUUCCUGACACUUCAACGGCUCUGGGGAAUUGCUCAAUCAUCGUUCAACUCAACACCCUGUUUUCAUGAACCAUUAAAACAGUUACGUCGAUAUCUGAAGACAAUGGACUAGUUCCGAGAAAUAAUUGUAACGGAACUUGAAGGAGGACAAUGAAAUCUCAGACAAUGAACAUAACAAUGGUAAUGGGCCACAAUCGGCCUGCAAUAAAUACAACAGCGGAUACGCUUUGGAUCUUUCUUUCCAACGUCCACCGUUAACCUCCCACUCGAAGUAUUACCAUGGCAGAUCCAGCCUUUCCAUACUUUCCCAUCCUCGCCUUAAUUACAUCCAUUCUAGUUCUCAUACCCCUUCCGUGGCAUCUCCAGCAAUGGAAUACCGGAACCUGUCUUUUCAUGCUCUGGUCGUCGAUCAUUUGCCUGAUCUCGUUCGUUAAUUCGUUAAUUUGGCAUGGAAAUACGAGGAAUGUGGCACCGAUAUGGUGCGAUAUAUCUUCACAAAUAAUUCUAGCAUCCAAUGCCGGAAUCGCAGCUGCAACCGUUUGUAUCAGCAGAAGGCUGUACAUGAUCACGGCACUUCGGGGUCUCUAUUCAACGAGAGAAGAGAGACUCCGUGCUCUCGGAAAGGAUUUGAGUAUCUCGAUAGGAAUACCUGUUCUUGUUUGUAUUCUGCAUUUUAUCGUGCAGCCGUAUCGCUUCGACAUCUUAGAAGACGUCGGGUGCUAUCCUUCGACGUAUAACUCCAUCUUGGCCUACGUCCUACAUUUUAUGUGGCCCAUUGCCAUGGGUCUGAUUUCAUUUAUUUACGGCUGUCUUGCGCUCCGUCUCUACCACAUUCGCCGUGCAGAAAUCUCACGCCUGAUGGCUGGUGGCAAACAAAACACUACAUCUCUCACCGUAUCACGCUACUUCCGUCUCAUAGUCCUGGCAUUGAUCCAUGUCAUGUGUACCAUUCCAACUGGUGUCUUUGCAAUAUACUCCGGCGCGACUCAGAUGGAUCCACGAGAGGGUUCUGUUCGCCGUGACUGGGGCAAAGUGCGGACCAUCCCAAGUGAAGAAUGGAGAGGCGAUAGAAUAUGGCAAGGAAUGGUCGAGAUCAACCGAUGGAUGGCAGUUUUCUGCGGAUUAGUCUUCUUUUUGUUGUUCGGCUUUGCAGUGGAGGCUCGGAAGAGCUAUUCGACCGCAUGGAAGUGGUUGGUCAAGAAAGUGCAGAGGCGCGAUGAACAGCUACCCCGGUACAGACCAAAAUGGAUGAGUUGGAGCAACAUGAGUAUCAUGAGUGGUAGUACCGUUGUUGGUGACAACGAAACCUUUAGUGCCAAACGCUUGUUGUCUUCGCCCUCUGUUCGCUCCUCGAAAGUUGCCUCCAUUACUUCAACUAUGAAACCAUCCUCCUUCUCUAACAAUGACACCCCCCACUCCGUACGAGACUCGGAGUAUGACGAGGUCCAACUUUCGCCCAUCUCUGCUCCCUCUCCAGAUAGCAGCAGUUUAAUUAUGACUACCCCCAGCACGUCCACCCCCUUGGCUGUCCCUGAUCACAAUCGUCCACACACCCAUACACGAAACUCCUCGAUAAUGUCAUUCAAUCCCACCACCGGAAUCGUUCAGCCACUCGUCAAUAUUAACCAUGAUACCGUCGCCCAUGUCGACCAGCAAGAUGAUAGUCAUGCUGACGAAGGGACGAUAACUUAUUAUGUCGACCCGAAAUACGGACUUCUUUCGAAGAGAGACUACGAGGCUAUAUAUCAUCCUCAUAUUGCAGACCUCUCACGUUAAUAGGAUGAAGCCCAGGAG